ACAAACCAACAACAAACACUAGAAAAGCAAAAGAAGCAACACAAGAAGAAAAAAGAAGGGCAAGAGUUCUCAAGCAAACGCAUACAUGGCCGUUAUGAAGCAGAGUCUCUCUGCUGCUCUUCUCUCAUCACCACUUCUGAUCGUAUGUCUUAUUGCAUUGCUCGCUGACCCGGUUUCAGUCGGAGCUCGAAGGUUAUUGGAGGAUCCUAAACUGGAGACACCAAAAUUGCCUGAGCUACCCAAAUUUGAAGUUCCCAAGUUUCCUGAGCUACCUAAACCAGAGAUGCCUAAGUUACCAGAAUUUCCAAAGCCUGAGCUACCAAAGAUUCCGGAGAUUCCAAAGCCUGAGUUGCCCAAGUUUCCGGAAAUUCCCAAACAUGAGCUCCCAAAGGUGCCGGAGAUUCAGAAGCCUGAGUUGCCCAAGUUUCCAGAGAUUCCAAAGCCUGAACUGCCCAAGUUCCCAGAGAUUCAUAUACCCGAGUUACCAAAGUUUCCAGAGACUUCUAAGCCUGAAGUGCCUAAGUUGAUGGAGACUGAAAAGCCUGAAGCUCCCAAGGUGCUGGAGGUUCCAAAGCCCGAGUUGCCAAAGAUUCCGGAAGUUCCGAAGCUUGAGGCUCCUAAGUUGCCGGAGAUUUCAAAGCCCGAGUUACCAAAGAUACCAGAGAUUCCAAAGCCUGAGUUUCCUAAGAUGCCAGAGAUUCAGAAACCGGAGCUGCCAAAGAUGCCGGAGAUUAAGAAACCGGAGUUGCCUAAGGUACCAGAGGUUCCAAAGCCUGAGUUACCCAAGAUGCCAGAGAUUCAAAAGCCUGAGGCUCCUAAGGUGCCAGAGAUUCAGAAGCCAGAGUUGCCAAAGCUCCCAGAGAUUCCAAAGCCUGAGCUACCAAAGGUUCCAGAGAUCCCAAAGCCUGAGCUACCAAAGGUUCCAGAGAUUCCGAAGCCUGAACUACCGAAGAUGCCAGAACUUCCCAAGAUGCCGGAAUUCCCAAAAGUUCCCGGAACUUCUUAAAUUCUUAUUGAACCUGGAGAAGGCCCUGUCCAGCUACUACUACGUAUCCCCAUCCCACGAUCUUUAAAGUACCGUUUCACCCUUCUAUAUUGUCUGUUUGCAGAGAUGCACACUUCUGUCGGUCUAUCGUUAAUGGUUUGGUCUCAUAGUCAUAGUUGUUCUUGCUUUUUUGGGUGAAGGUUUACACACACUUAUACUUGUAUUCUGUUGUUAUAUUUGUAUUGUAUGUUUCCAUACAUAUUUUGUUGUAUUUGAUAUACUUAUUAAUGGAUUAUCCUAUUUAUUUUGAAGA